GCGGCGCGCAGCAGCCCAGAGCCCUUCGGAGCCUCCCGGAUCUCCUGGCUCGCCUUUCGCGCGGAGCGCGGGCUCUGUGACUUUGGGGUGCAGCUGGCCCUGCUCGGUGACACUGGCGUCCGGCUCCAGGUACGGUGGGAGCUGCUUGCCGCAACCGCGGGGCCGCAGGCCGCUAGUUCUGCUUACCGCUCUCACCAACAACUAGCGGCUCAUGAUCCGGGACAAACUUCUGGCUGAGGCGCAGCCCCUUGCACGGUCACCCUCCCGGAAGCCAGCCACAAAACAGAAGACGCGGCAGGGGCCAGGAGGAGGAGAGGGUGGGAAGCCGUAACGCUGCUCUUCUCCGCGCGGGUGACGAAGGAUCCGCGGCGGCCGCCCCCAGCCGAUCUCCCUCCCGGAGGCGCCGCGGCCGCCGAGCGGCAAGGCGCGGGCCGGCGGGCAUGGGCGCUCACGCCCUCUAGCGGGCCGCAGCGGCGCCGGGCGGCCGUGACGUGGGCUCUCCCUCAGCCGGCCUGCGGGGCACCGCCAGUCAGUCUGGGAGCAAGAGCCCCGCGCGGAGCCGGCGCCGGCUGCCAUCCGCGCGCCGCCGCCCGGGGGCUAGGCUCGGAGCUGCAGGCGGAGAGGCGGCGGGCAGGACGCGAGCGGCCACGGCUACGGCCAGCGCCGCCGGCUCGGGUCCCGAGCAGAAGGAGAGCGGCGGCGGGUGCAGCCUCUAGAACGGAGGGCGGAUUUUGACUCGGCGGGCGAGCCCUCCGCUCCCUCUCGCAGCAGCGCCAGACGCCGAGUCGGAUCAGAAGAGGGGUAGGAGGACCCAGGACCCUCACUCCUGGCCCCGGGAGCCGCGGGAGUUCGGACUUCUGCAACUGUUGGCACUUUGGGGGACUGGUUUUGUUUUUGACUGCUUACCCUUCUCUUCUCGCUGCCUUGAACCCAAAGCUCCCGCCCACCCACCGCCGCCGGGGAGCGGCCCGGAGCGCACUUAGGAACAUGAGGAGACUUGGGACUUGCCUGGCGACUUUGGCCGGACUUUUGCUAACUGCAACAGGGGAGUCGUUUUCAGGGGGUUGCCUCUUCGAUGAGCCGUACAGCACGUGUGGAUACAGUCAAGCUGACGACGAUGACUUCAGUUGGCAGCAGGUGAACACCUUGACCAAACCGACUUCUGAUCCAUGGAUGCCGUCAGGCUCUUUCAUGUUGGUGAACACAUCUGGCAGACCUGAGGGGCAGAGAGCCCACCUCCUCUUACCUCAGCUUAAAGAAAAUGACACCCACUGCAUUGAUUUUCACUACUUUGUAUCCAGUAAGAGUAAUUCUGCUCCUGGGUUACUCAAUGUCUACGUGAAGGUCAAUAACGGGCCUUUGGGGAAUCCUAUCUGGAAUAUAUCUGGAGACCCGACACGUACCUGGAACAGGGCAGAACUGGCCAUUAGUACUUUCUGGCCUAACUUUUAUCAGGUGAUUUUUGAAGUAAUAACUUCUGGACAUCAAGGCUAUCUCGCUAUUGAUGAAGUGAAGGUGUUAGGACAUCCAUGCACCAGAACACCCCACUUCCUGAGGAUUCAGAAUGUGGAAGUGAAUGCCGGCCAGUUUGCCACCUUCCAGUGCAGUGCCAUCGGCAGGACCGUGGCAGGCGACAGGCUCUGGUUACAGGGUAUUGAUGUACGAGAUGCUCCUCUGAAGGAAAUAAAGGUGACUAGUUCCCGACGAUUCAUAGCUUCAUUUAAUGUCGUGAAUACGACAAAACGAGAUGCUGGAAAGUACCGCUGCAUGAUUCGCACAGAAGGAGGUGUUGGAAUAUCAAACUAUGCAGAAUUGGUAGUUAAAGAACCCCCUGUUCCCAUUGCCCCACCUCAGCUGGCUUCCGUGGGAGCAACCUACCUGUGGAUACAACUCAAUGCCAACUCCAUCAACGGGGAUGGGCCCAUUGUCGCCCGAGAGGUGGAAUACUGCACAGCAAGUGGGAGCUGGAAUGACCGCCAACCAGUGGAUUCAACAAGUUACAAGAUUGGCCACCUCGACCCGGAUACAGAGUAUGAGAUCAGUGUGCUCCUCACCCGGCCAGGGGAGGGUGGCACUGGAUCUCCUGGGCCAGCACUCAGAACAAGAACAAAGUGUGCAGAUCCCAUGCGAGGCCCAAGAAAACUGGAAGUAGUAGAAGUCAAAUCUCGUCAAAUCACUAUCCGCUGGGAGCCAUUUGGAUAUAAUGUGACUCGUUGCCAUAGUUACAAUCUCACAGUCCACUACUGCUACCAAGUCGGAGGACAAGAGCAAGUUCGAGAAGAAGUAAGCUGGGACACGGAUAAUUCACACCCUCAACAUACGAUCACUAACCUUUCACCAUAUACCAAUGUUAGUGUGAAACUCAUCCUCAUGAAUCCUGAGGGACGGAAGGAAAGUCAAGAACUCAUAGUACAGACAGAUGAAGAUUUGCCAGGUGCUGUUCCUACUGAAUCCAUCCAAGGAAGUACCUUUGAAGAGAAAAUAUUUCUUCAAUGGAGAGAACCAAUUCAAACAUAUGGUGUUAUCACUUUAUAUGAGAUCACCUACAAAGCAGUCAGUUCCUUUGACCCAGAAAUAGACUUAUCCAAUCAAAGUGGAAGAGUUUCAAAACUCGGAAAUGAAACGCAUUUUCUGUUUUUUGGACUGUAUCCUGGGACAACAUACUCCUUUACCAUCCGAGCUAGCACAGCUAAGGGUUUUGGACCUCCAACAACAAAUCAGUUCACCACCAAAAUAUCAGCACCGUCGAUGCCAGCUUAUGAACUUGAGACCCCUUUGAAUCAAACUGACAAUACAGUGACAGUCAUGCUGAAACCUGCACACAGCCGAGGCGCACCUGUCAGUGUUUACCAAAUAGUUGUUGAGGAAGAACGUCCUCGAAGAACUAAAAAGACAACAGAAAUCUUAAAGUGCUACCCAGUGCCAAUCCACUUCCAGAAUGCUUCCAUCCUGAACUCGCAGUACUACUUUGCCGCAGAAUUCCCAGCAAACAGCCUGCAAGCUGCUCAGCCUUUUACUAUUGGUGAUAACAAGACAUACAAUGGAUACUGGAACACUCCCCUCCUACCCCAUAAAAGUUACAGAAUUUAUUUCCAAGCUGCUAGUAGAGCCAAUGGGGAAACCAAAAUAGACUGUGUCCGGGUGGCCACAAAAGGAGCGGCCACUCCAAAACCUGUCCCAGAACCUGAGAAACAAACAGACCAUACAGUGAAAAUUGCUGGAGUCAUUGCUGGCAUCUUGCUGUUUGUUAUUAUAUUUCUUGGAGUUGUGCUGGUAAUGAAGAAAAGGAAACUAGCCAAGAAGCGGAAGGAGACAAUGAGCAACACCCGGCAAGAGAUGACUGUGAUGGUGAACUCGAUGGACAAGAGCUACGCGGAGCAAGGCACCAACUGCGAUGAGGCCUUCUCCUUCAUGGACACGCACAACCUGAACGGGAGAUCUGUGUCUUCACCAUCAUCCUUUACAAUGAAAACAAAUACACUGAGCACAUCGGUGCCUAACUCCUAUUACCCAGACCCAUUUGUGCCAACUGCAAUUUUAGUGCCAAUAAAUGACGAAACCCACACGAUGGCUAGCGACACCAGCAGCUUGGUGCAGUCCCACACAUACAAGAAGCGGGAGACCGCCGAUGUGCCCUACCAGACGGGGCAGCUCCACCCUGCCAUCCGAGUGGCAGACCUGCUUCAACACAUCACGCAGAUGAAGUGUGCCGAGGGCUACGGUUUCAAGGAGGAAUACGAGAGCUUCUUUGAAGGGCAGUCUGCACCAUGGGACUCCGCUAAGAAAGAUGAGAACAGAAUGAAGAACAGAUAUGGGAAUAUCAUUGCGUAUGACCAUUCCCGGGUGAGGCUGCAGACGAUAGAAGGAGACACCAACUCAGACUAUAUCAAUGGAAAUUAUAUCGAUGGCUAUCAUCGACCCAAUCAUUAUAUUGCUACCCAAGGACCAAUGCAAGAGACCAUCUAUGACUUCUGGAGGAUGGUGUGGCACGAAAACACCGCAAGCAUAAUAAUGGUGACCAACCUUGUGGAAGUGGGGAGGGUCAAAUGCUGCAAAUACUGGCCAGAUGACACAGAGAUAUAUAAAGACAUUAAAGUUACCCUAAUAGAAACAGAACUACUGGCCGAAUAUGUGAUAAGAACAUUUGCUGUUGAAAAGAGGGGCGUUCAUGAAAUCCGAGAGAUCAGACAGUUUCACUUCACUGGCUGGCCGGAUCACGGGGUCCCUUACCAUGCCACAGGGUUGCUGGGAUUCGUCCGGCAGGUCAAAUCCAAAAGCCCGCCCAACGCAGGCCCACUGGUGGUACACUGCAGUGCUGGCGCCGGGAGGACUGGCUGUUUCAUUGUUAUCGAUAUCAUGUUGGACAUGGCAGAAAGGGAAGGGGUGGUGGACAUCUAUAACUGUGUCAGGGAGCUGCGGUCCCGGAGAGUGAACAUGGUGCAAACGGAGGAGCAAUAUGUGUUUAUCCACGAUGCCAUCCUAGAAGCCUGUCUUUGUGGAGACACGUCCAUCCCUGCUUCCCAAGUCAGGUCUCUGUAUUAUGACAUGAACAAACUGGAUCCACAGACAAAUUCAAGCCAAAUUAAAGAGGAAUUCCGGACGCUGAACAUGGUAACACCGACACUGCGUGUGGAAGACUGUAGCAUCGCGCUUCUGCCCAGGAACCAUGAAAAAAACCGGUGCAUGGACAUCCUUCCCCCAGACCGCUGCCUGCCUUUCCUCAUCACCAUUGACGGGGAGAGCAGCAACUACAUCAAUGCUGCCCUCAUGGACAGCUAUAAACAGCCUUCAGCUUUUAUAGUCACCCAGCAUCCUUUGCCAAACACAGUGAAAGACUUCUGGAGACUGGUCCUGGAUUAUCACUGCACGUCUGUAGUUAUGCUAAACGACGUGGAUCCGGCCCAGUUGUGUCCACAGUACUGGCCAGAGAAUGGAGUUCACAGACAUGGCCCCAUCCAAGUGGAAUUUGUUUCUGCUGAUUUAGAAGAAGACAUCAUCAGCAGGAUAUUCCGUAUUUAUAAUGCAGCCAGACCCCAAGAUGGAUAUCGGAUGGUGCAACAAUUCCAGUUCCUGGGCUGGCCAAUGUACAGGGACACACCAGUGUCCAAGCGCUCCUUCUUGAAGCUUAUUCGCCAAGUGGACAAGUGGCAGGAGGAGUACAACGGUGGUGAAGGCCGCACGGUUGUGCACUGUUUGAAUGGAGGAGGCCGCAGUGGGACCUUCUGUGCCAUCAGCAUCGUCUGCGAGAUGCUCCGGCACCAGAGGACGGUCGACGUCUUCCAUGCGGUGAAGACGCUGAGGAACAACAAGCCCAACAUGGUGGACCUUCUGGAUCAGUACAAGUUCUGCUACGAGGUGGCCCUGGAAUACUUGAAUUCUGGCUGACAGCGUCACCGCUCUACAAACAAACCCUUUCAUCCCACAAAGCCAAGACAUUCCAGGGCAUUUGUGGACAUGAGAUCAAGGCUUCUCAAUAUGCUUAUUUUGCUUUGCAUAAUUGGCUCUUUUUAAGAGCCCAAGAAAGUGUGUAUAAAACUGCUUGCACUGCCCAAUUCCCAGUAAUACUGCUGCCUGGCGGGAACACAGAGCAUACAGUCGUCCAAUACUGUACUCCUAGGCAUCAGCUUGUUAGAGCAGCGUAGACAUCUGGUAAACUGAAGAGCACAUUAUAUUCUUAUGAAGGAAUUUGUACCUUUGGGGUAUUAUUUUGUGGCCCGUGAACCUUUGUUAUUGUUACAGCUGAGUGUACUUUUUUGUUCUGUGGAGAAUGCUCCCUGGCAUUAUGAUAAUAUAUUAUUUUAGUUAAUAUUUGUAUUUUAACAUGUUGCAUAAUAUAAGCUUAUGUAGCUUUCCAAGACUAACAGAUAAACAUAUAAUGAACAAAGAUAUGUUGUAUGAGUUAUUGUUUCUAUCAGAUUUGUAUUGUUUCCAAGGGAAAAGCUGGGGAGGAAUUCAGUUCAAAAAUGCAAAGCUCAGCGAUCAGAUUCACAGAUCCAAAGCUUUUCCAUUUGUUUAUAUUGUAAAUAUUUUUGAUUUCAUCAAAUUAUUUAUUCAUUAAAAGAAAUUUUUGUGAA